ACGUUUAUUUUCAACUUCAAAAAGUCGCUCCUCUUCCUCCUCCUCCUCUUCUUCUACUUCCUCUUUUUGUUAUUCUUGUUGUUCUCAUAUCUCACCGAUGGCCAUGACGGGGGACGAUGCAGAACGAGGCAGUCGGGGAAGAGCAACGGCAGCGGCAAAGGCGAAAGGACCUGCAGUGCCUGUUGUUGACAAACCCGAAUCGAGUACGCGAAGGACAACAUCUGCAUUGGCUACUUCAGUUGGUGGAGGGAAGGAGCCCACCCCAGGAACCGACGCAAGCUUGUUCCUGGGGAAGAGUGAGGCGGCACAUGUUGCACUGCGAAAGAAAAACAAGGUUUGGAUCUGGUGUGAGAAAGGACAAGAGGUACCAACUUCGAAAGGGAGGGGGGAGUAUUGGGUCAGGUCCAGGUUGUGCUCGACAAUCUGGAGGGGGUCGGCAAGUAAGGCUGCCGAGCAUUUCUUGAAGCCGAUGAAGCUGUGUGCACUGCGGGCAGGUGAGAUAGUCCAUAUUUUGGUUGUUGGCGGUGCUAAAGUGCAGCCAAACGACAAGAACACGGAGUACUUGUUGAGGAAUUACAAGGGAGGCGAGGCCGAAUCAGAUGUACAUCGUGGUUAUGCAUCAUGUGGAGCGGAAGGCUUGGAAGAUCCCCAAACAGACGAACCACAGCCACCGCCUGUUGCAGGGUGGACAGUUGCCGACAUUGCAAACAUGCUUGCUGAUGCACUUGAUGAGGUUGUCGAGGGUGGAGGUGCAGCGGAGGACGGAGGCGAGGCCAUGUUCAGGGUUGGUAUUGCUUUCAAUUUCUUGAACAUGGACACGACUCAGACAUUGCAUGUCGUGUACCUGGAGGUAGCCAACUCGAGGCCGAAGGUGAAGCUCCCAUCGUACAACUACAUGAGGACGGUCAUGUUGGACAUCAUCUACAUGAAGAUCCAAAAGGAGGUGAACCCGAUGACGAGCUGCUGGGACUUAAUUGGAUGCACGUUCAUCACUGAUGGGUCAAUUGACCGCAAGAAUCGGCCAGUGAUGAACUUCUUGGCAUCGGGGGAGCAAGGGGCGGUGCUCGCAACGACGGUGACAAUGAGUGGUAGGAAGAAGAAUGCGGUGGCGUUGGCAAAGUUGUGGGAGCAGGUAAUGAGGAAGAACGUUGCAGACGCAAGUCAGUAUGGAAUGCAGAGCCAUUGCCCCGUAUAGAUGAUCUGUUGGAUCGGGUGCAGAGGUGCAAGUAUUUCUCGAAGAUAGAUUUGAAGUCUAGCUAUCAUCAGAUAGA